GCGCGCAGGCGGGAGGGGCGGCGCUCGGCAAAGGAGGCAAGAUUCACCCACCAGCGCCCAAGUACCAGCGCCUGGGCGGGGGCAAGCGCGGCGGGGGCUCGGACGAGGUCGACCUGGUGGACGCGAUGGUGUCGCUCCAGAAGAUGGGGCUGAGGCAGGACCAGCGCGCCCGAGAGCACGAACACAUGUUGUCCCUGUUCUACAUGAUGACCAAGAAGAGCAAGAUCUGCCAGAUGGGCCUCGAGGCGGGCCUCGACUACUACGCGGCGGUGGCGAAGAGGGGCAAGGGCCACGGAUUGGGGGCGCCUUACCUGCACGCGGCCGCGGGAGCGUUCGACGGGCUGGUAGAGGACGCACAGGAGGGCCAGCACAAGGCGGUGCUCCAAGCGUACCAGAGGCUGUUCCACACGGAGAAGGGCAUGAAGUUCGCGAAGGAGGUUUUCGGCAGUUUCAGAGUGAAGGAGGCGUACAACGAGGAGGGAACGGCGGAGAAGGACGUCAAGGUGAAGGUGAGCUUCAACCUCAAUCCCCUGGCAGACGUGGCGAUGCUCAUAGAGUGCCUGAAGGUGAAGACGGAGGGCGACGUACCGAGCCUGGGAAUCUUGAGGAGGGCGAUGAUGCUGGCCCUCGAGGAGGCGGGCGGAGUGCAGUCGGACGGGCCCGCGCCAAAGGACGAGCUGACCAGGGUGGCGGAGCGACAAAUGCAAGGGCUGCAGAGGAUGCGCGGCUGA